CUAAUGUCACUCUUGAGUUGGAGCAUAAUACAUUUUAAAAUUUAUCUCAUUUUUAAUUAACUCUUACGAAAAUUUUGUUACGUUGAAGUUUAUAAAACAUUUAUUUUAAGCUAUUAUUCAAAACUUAUCUUGGCCCGCAACGGUUUGGGACCAAUACAAUCGAAAAGAUUAAAACAUCAAUAUGGCUAUAAAUGUAUAUUCAACAAAUGUUACAUCAGAAAAUUUAAGUCGUCAUGAUAUGUUGGCCUGGGUUAACGAUACAUUAUCAGCAAGUUUUACAAAAAUUGAAGAAUUAUGUUCUGGAGCAGCAUAUUGCCAGUUUAUGGAUAUGUUAUUUCCUGGUAGCGUACAAAUGAAACGGGUGAAAUUCAGAACAAAUCUUGAACAUGAGUAUAUACAAAAUUUCAAGAUUCUUCAAGGUGCAUUUAAAAAGAUGACAGUUGAUAAGAUAGUACCUAUUGAUAGGCUGGUCAAGGGACGUUUUCAGGAUAAUUUCGAGUUUUUACAAUGGUUCAAAAAGUUCUUUGACACCAAUUAUCAAAUGACUGAAUAUGACCCAGUAGGUGCACGAAGUGGUGAGGGAAUGGGAUCAGCAGGAGUUGCGUCCAGAGCAGGCAUUACCAAAAAGCCAUCUGCAGCAGUACCGCCUAGAAAUGUUUCCAAUAAUCGUUUAUUCCGUCCCGCGAGUAACAGCAAUAUGUCUAAUCGUGCACCUGCAUCAAGACCAGCUGUAGGAGCAACUCAACGUGAUAGAGGUGAUCAUAAAAUAGAUGAAUUGACUAGACAGAUGAGUGAACUAAGAGUUACAGUGGAAGGUUUGGAAAAAGAACGUGAUUUCUAUUUUGGAAAAUUACGUGAUAUUGAAGUUAUUUGCCAGGAACAAGAAAGUGAACAUCCUUUGUUUUCAAAAGUAUUGGAAAUUCUUUAUGCAACUGAAGAAGGAUUUGCUGCUCCAGAAGAGGUCGAUACGAACAAUCAUGAUGAUGAUGAAGCUUACUAAUAGUUUUAAAAAAAAUUUUUUUACUUAACUAUGAAUUUUUUUAAUGAUAUUUAUUAUAUUUUACAAAAUGCAAUAUAAUAAACUGAUAAGCACAUGUUUUAUCAUGUAUCAUCUUUA